CACGCCUCCGCAGAGCCCCGCGCGGGGGCGCGGACGGCGGGGCCCGGCGCGGUGGGGCCGCGGGGCCGCGCUCCCCCGCGCGAGGGUGGGCUCCGCGAGCCGCCUUCCUCCCGGAAGCCUGCGCUCAGCCCCGAAUCGAAUCGCCCGAGCCGGCCCCGAGCCGCGGGGCGAAGGUGGAGCGGCUGACGUGGGCGCGUCUCGGUGGCCGAGGGCGGCUUUGGCCCGGCUGAGGGGAGCCACCCGUUCCUCCUUGGAGCCCCCUCUGCCACAAAACUUUACUCGAAGUGAGAGGUGGGCUCCAGCUCACCAGUGCGUAAGGACCCCGACUGUUCCCCAAGGCCUGUUUCUUGGGUUUGGAAUUGGCUCCACUGAGGUGCAUCCUUGUCCAAGUUUCGUGGGGUUUUUUGUUUUUUGUUUUUUUUUUCUUACAGACAUUGUAGGGUUUCGUAUUCGUUUUUAAGUGGUGUGCAAAACAGUGCGUGGGACGUACAUGUUUGAGGAAUAUUAAUAAAAUGAAUUGCCAGAUUCCCCAGUUCUUCUGUCCUUAUCAUUUCUAGCCUGAUAUUUGUGACAGACACUGUAUUGCUUUCUGUUUUAGCUUUGCCAGUUUAGGGCGUCUCAGAACAAUGCUAUAAUAAACAUUCUUCUACCUGGACCUUAAUGCAGAGGCAUUGGCGGUUCCAAGAUACGAGAUACAUGCUUUGGAGUCCUGGGAGAAUUGCGGAGUCAAAAGACCUGUAAUGGCCAGAUACUACAGUGAAGUUCAAAGUUUGCAACAGGAUGAUUCAGUUAUAGAAGGAGUGAGUGAUCAAGUACUUGUGGCAGUGGUGGUCAGUUUUGCUUUGAUUGCUACUCUCCUUUAUGCACUCUUCAGAAAUGUACAGCAGAACAUUCAUCCAGAAAACCAAGAGCUAGUCAGGGUGCUUCGAGAACAACUUCAAACAGAACAGGAUGCCCCUGCUCCUGCUCGACAGCAGUUCUACACUGAAAUGUACUGUCCAAUCUGCUUACAUCAAGCCUCCUUUCCCGUUGAAACAAACUGUGGACAUCUCUUCUGUGGUUCCUGCAUAAUUGCAUACUGGCGAUAUGGGUCCUGGCUUGGUGCAAUCAGUUGUCCUAUCUGUAGACAAACGGUAACUCUACUACUAACAGUAUUUGGUGAAGAUGAUCAGUCUCAGGAUGUUAUAAGAUUGCGUCAAGAUGUUAAUGAUUAUAACCGGAGAUUCUCAGGGCAGCCUAGAUCUAUUAUAGAAAGAAUCAUGGACCUCCCUACCUUGCUGAGACAUGCGUUCAGGGAAGUUUUUUCAGUUGGGGGUCUCUUCUGGAUGUUCCGCAUUCGGAUAAUGCUUUGUUUAAUGGGAGCUUUUUUCUAUCUAAUAUCACCUCUAGAUUUUGUACCUGAAGCCUUGUUUGGAAUUUUGGGCUUUCUAGAUGACUUCUUUGUUAUCUUUUUGUUGCUUAUCUACAUCUCUAUUAUGUAUCGAGAAGUGAUAACCCAAAGACUAACUAGAUGAAAAAAAUUAGUUUAUUAGAAUAUCUGAGCUUAUAUAUAAAAUCAAACAAAAGGAUCCAUGGCAGUAUCAAUCACCCAAACAUUAUUUUACACGCUUAACACAUUUGGUUAUCAUUUGACAAAUGACUAGCAAUAUACAACUGGAAUUUUUACAUACUGCAGGUUCUAAUGUCAAGAUCAGAUUUACAGUGAUUUACAGUUUUAUCUCAAUUCUGUGUUUUCUGUAAAAAAAAAAAAAAAGUAUGAAACAAAUUGAAAAGGGAUACUUUGCUGUUUUCUUUUUCUCCAGAUUACUUAGCUUAGAUACUUAGUCCAAUCUUGCUGAAUGUACAGAUCAUCCUCAGUGGAUAACUAUACAAUAAUAGAGAACUUUGAAACUUAUCUAAAUAUUUUUUGUUAAAGUAAAAUAUUGUAUGAUACUAGGGAAAAGUCAGUGUCUCAGUGUUUGCCAAGCUUUGUGGACUGGGAGCAGCUCUGUUUUUUCAUUUUUGUAUAAUUCUUUGUGAUCAACUGAAAAUGAAAGAAACUUGAACCUCAUGAUUUGACUACAGUUCAGUCUGUAGAAUACUUUAAUCAACAGGAGAAUUAACAAAGUGAAAAUCAUGCAUCUCCAGGAGGCACCUUUGACAUUCAGUUAUGACAUUUAACCGAGUUUUGGCCUUUUUAUAUAAAUAUAAAGUAACCUGUAGCCAGCUGUGGUGGCUUUAUACUUGUAAUUUCUGCAUUCAGGAAGCUGAGGUAGAAGACUGCUGCAAGUUCAAGGUCUGCCUAGGCUAUAUGAGUUCCAGGUCAGGUUGAGCUACAGAGAGAGGUCCUGCUCAAACCAAAAACAGGGCAGCGAGUAAAGGUGCUUGCUGCCAAGCCUGUCUAUCUGGGUUUGAACCCUGGGUCCCACAUAGUGGAAAAACGGAACAGAUUCUGCAAGUUGUCCUCCGGUCUUCACAUGUGCAUUGUGACCCAUAUGUGUGCACAACACAUUCAAAGUAAAUAAAAUUCAAGUAAAAGAACAUAAAAAUAGCUUGGAAAGAGAAUUUUUUUUCUAGGAACCUAAGUAAUAUUGCAGACAAGUAGUAGUUUAAUACAUUUUUGAGGAAACAGGUUCUUUGUUUCAGUUAGCAUUAGUCAGGGUGUUUAGGAAUGUACUAAGAACAGUAUUAGAUUUUACAAACUAUGAGUUAACUCUUCCAACAAAAUGAAAACAUCUGAUUAGUUGUUUGUUGACCUGAAAUGCAAAAUAUUAUCUUGUAGGUGGCAAUAUUUGGCUCAGAUUCAUCAUGUUUUGGGCAGAAUGAACAAAAAUAGUGAGGUUUGUUUACUAUUUUUGUUUUUUUGAUGGCCAUGACACAAGAACAUAAGGUCUGUAGGUUUUUGUUUGAGAAGAGUGAGUACUGUAAGCAUAAGAUUCUCACUCCAGCUGGCACUGCUUACUUGUGAGCAACUGGACAUAGUGUGAGGUGACACCUAGAAGGUCUGUUGUCAUCUGAAAUUAUUGCCAUUCAGCCUCAGGGUGUGAAUUUAGGGACAGAGGCUAACGUGUGUCACAUUCCCAAAUUUAUCAGGUUAGCUGCCAAAUAAUGAGAUUCUGAAUGUAAAGUUGUUUCCUAACUUAGACUUACAACAAAGAUGCUGUCUGCCAUUUAAAAAACAAGACAACCCUUUGCAACAGUGUUUACAUACAACAUGGUCAAUGCAGUUUGUCAUCAUUUUUCUUUUUGUCCUUAGAAAAUUUUAUAAGGAAGGUGGGGUAUCAACGGCUUCCUGUUUCAGAGAUGAAACCUUCAUCCUAUGGAUGAAAGAUUUUUGUUUUAUUUCCUUACUUAAUGGAACUAGUGAUAUUUAGGUAGUCUGAAAGCUAGUCUGAGGAGAAGCAGAAGGGAACUGGAAUUCUUUGGAGUCAGGGUUUCAUAACACAUUAUUCUUUCACUGGAACAGUCUUGGUGCUUCUAAGCAGAAAGCUUGGGAAGGACUUCAUCAGCCUUGAGUGUGCACAUCCAAAUCAGGUGAGAGUGGCACACACCUUAGAGAGUCAAGGCCAUUUGUCACCAGCUUGGGAAGUGUUGAGUAGGAGGAGCUCCUUACCAGCCUGGGAAAACACUUUCCAUCUUUUAAAAAUGCAGUGUGGGCUAUAGACAGUGUGACUUUCUGAAAUGAUUUUACUUUCUGUGCAUGUGUUCUGUUCCAAGUGUCACAGUCCUGCACUCUUUGGACUUACUACUAAUACUCUGGGAAGAGAUGUAGAAAAGUUUGUAACUACAAAACCACUGUAUGGCUGAAGUCUUACUAAACCAGAUGGAACAUACUGUUAUCUCAGAGUUUGGCAUCUCCUAUUCCCUCAUCUUUAUUGAUCAUUAACAAUAAAUGCAAAAACAGUUUGAGAAAGUA